CAUGCAGAUAAUGGCGGAAAUUCAUUUGGAUUCAGGGCGUUGAAACUCUUGCUUGAAGUAACCUUUUGCGCAUUCAUUAUAUUUGUAGAAUAAAACCAAAUUUAUUUUCUUCAUUUCGACAUUCAGACGGGUUGAAGAUUCGAUAAAGAAUAUUAUUUGACAUUGCAACCGAAUAAGCUGAAAUUUAGCCAGUUGUUGGUGGAAAAAGGAAACAUGACUGAAAUUACUAUUAUAGUUGUGGUGGUUUUAACUGCAAUAGCUUUUACUUCGGGUCAAGUACAGAAACAUGGACAGAAUAUACCCACUUUUAUGACAAGAUUCGAUACCAGAAGUGUGAAAGAAAGACUGAGCGUACAGCCUCCGCCAAUGCCCGGAUUUAAUCUAAAGGCGUACCUUGGUCAGUGGUUUUAUCAAUUUCAUAAAGCCCCAUGCAACUGGGCUAUUGCAGAGGAAUUUACGGAUUAUUCCCAAAUAUUCGUUCCAGUGGGUAAUAUAUUUAUGAACUAUGAAUCAAUGAGGAAUCGUGAUCUUUGCAACACAAUGAAUUCAGUGUUUUCUGUGACGGGCCCUGGACAGUUUUCCGGGAAAGAUCUUAUUGGUGAUAAUUGGUCUGGCAAAAUUAAGAUAGUAGCAACGGACUAUAACGGAUUUGCAAUAAAUUGGGGAUGCACUAGAUGGUCGACGUUUGAUCAAACAUGUGCUGAUCCAUGGCUGUAUGUCAAAACACGCCAAGUGAAGUUGUCCAAGGGUGUUUUAGGUAGAAUAGAAUCUGCGCUUCAAAACAUAUUUGGAAUUUCACUCAACGAGCUAUCAAGAAUACCUCAUGGAAGACCAUGUCCAAAAGGCAAAGGACAGUUAUAGGUAAAAGUAGUUCCCGACCAUAGCAAAAAGAAGAAGUGCAAGAACAUUAUACCAUCGAUUAUAAACACUGAUAACUUAAACGAUAUGUCAUACCGUAUUUUCAUUCUUUAUAAAGUGUUAAGCUCACAAAUUAUAUAAGAAAUAAGAGUAAAUAAUUACUUGCAAAUAGUUGCU